AUGACAUUUCAUCAUCUUCUAUCUUCUGCAUUCACCAUGCCUUCAACCAAGUCUGCCGCAUUGACCGCUCUGGCGGGCAUCGCCUUUGGCGCGCCGUCCAACAUCACCACGCACUCAAUUGAUCUUAAGCCCGUCUAUACCAACGGCACCGUCAGCGUGGAGCACCUCUCUGUGGCCGGAAACUUUGACGGCUUCAAGAUGAGCACCCCCGCCGCGCGCGGCAGUACCGAUUUCUGGUACUUUGACGUCUUCUCCAGCGCGAGCAACCAGACGCUCAACAUCGUCUUCUUCAACUCGGGCGAACUCUCCCAGUACCCGCACCCGCUGUCUGUUCAGGUCUCUGGCGUAUACGCCAACGGGACCACCUUCUACUUUGAGGUCUUGGCCGACUCGGGCGUCUCCAUCACCAACGGCCCCGCUGGUGUCACGGGCGAGUGGAAGGGCGUUGGCUCUUUCAAGGGCUCGGCUCUGGACGAGCCCGAUAUGGAUAUUUACGGCACCAUUGUCUUCAAAUCGAUCGCCCCCACGCACUACCCAUGCGAGCUCAACGGAGCCGCAGGCGCCAACCAGAACCUCCUCCCGGGCCUGUACUGGGCCAACGCCGUGCCCGGCGCCAACACCGCCGUCGACCUGCAGGUCGGCGACACCACCGUCAGCUUCGCCGACGGCGUCGGCUACCACGACAAGAACUGGGGCAACCAGUCCAUCGUCGACGGGCCCCGCUACUGGGACUGGGGCCGCGGCCGCCUGGGCCCUUGCUCGGUCGUCUGGUACAACCUGCUCGACUACGACGGCAACGAGUCGCGCCGAUCCUUUAAGGGCGGGGAGGCUGCUUGGCCGCCUACCACCGGCCUGCUCGGGACCGAGGGCAUAUCGGUCAACUACACGCUGGCCGACGGGCGGGUCUUCGCCGUCGACGUGACGACCGAGUUGAUCGUGCGGGACGAGUCUGGUGCCUACUAG